CUUAUUGCGCAUGCAUACACGUAUGCACAAUAAUUUACAUCUGCUAAAUGUGAACGAAUUUUAUACAGGCAUCACUAAAGUCAACUCGGAGCAAACACGUCAUCAAGUAGCCUACCGAAGAAGUUACCGACGCCAUUUUGGCUCAAACAAACUCUGCAUUUCACUUACUAGUGUAUUUAAUUCGUCUUAAGGACUCGCAUUUUAUACUUAAAACAUUAAAGAGACCGCACGUAAAGCCAUUGCGUGCGUCUGCUAAUAUAACGGCUGUAUCUUUUUCUGAAGUGUAAAGUAUUUUUAAUAAUACACCUGCUAAGUCCUCUGCUAGCAGACCGCUACGUGUCAUCGUUGUUGUGCCCAUAUGAUAAGUUAAACAUUUGGCGAAUGUAAAUAAAAAUGGGUGGAUGCUCCGCUCCAAACUGCUCGAACUCUACAACUAUUGGAAAGCAGCUCUUCCGCUUUCCGAAAGACCCCGUGCGCAUGAGAAAGUGGCUUGUAAACUGUCGGCGUGAUUUUGUACCGACUCCCUGCUCCAGACUGUGCCAGGACCACUUUGAAGAAAGCCAGUUUGAGGAGAUCGCCAGAUCACCAGCAGGGGGAAGGAAGCUCAAGCCCAACGCAAUCCCCACACUAUUCAAUGUACCCGACCCUCCCUCUCCUGUCACCCCUCAAGCAGUGUUACCUGUUAAAAAUGAGCCAGUGGAAAAGGACUUGAACAUGGGGGACCAUGGUUAUGCCCGCCGACAGCCCCCUGUGGAUUCAGAGGAGGAUGGGGUUCAGAGGGCAGACGAGGAGCGACCUUGCUCUCUCUGCCAGCAUUAUAAAACCAGACUGGAGCAGCAACAGCAGCACACAGUCAGACUACAGAGAGAGGCAGAGGAGAUGAAGAAACGCCUUUACAAACUGAGUAAAAUAGAGAAGGGGCUACAGGUGUUUCUGUUUGAGGAUCAGAUACGUGCCCUAACGUUAGCCAAGCGUUCUCGGAGGGCAGUGUGGUCCCAUGGUACUUUACUGACAGCCCGUAAAAUCCGCUGCACAGUGGGGGUUAAAGGAUACGAGUACCUAAGAGAACUGGGCUACCCUUUGCCUUCUUACAGGACGCUGUGUAAUCGCCUGGAGCCCAAAAUGAUGGUGACCACAAGCAUGCAGGAUGAACUAGCAGAGCUUGGCCUGGGCAUCAUAACAGCUUGUGACAGUCCAGAGGGCAACGUGACGAGCGAUGAAGGACUGAUUGGAGUCAUGACCUGAUACACUGUGUUUGUAAGAAUCUGCACUAAUGCUUGACUGUUAAACCAACCGAAGGCGAAGCUACGGCAGGAUUCACAGAGGAUGUUUGUUUACUGGGUUAAGUUAUUUUGGGUUGUUGCAUUUUAAAACCAUUUGCAUUAAUACCACAACCGUCUAGAGUUGAUUCACUAUUAUCUGUUUUCUUUUCUUCAAGAAAGAAAUAUUUUGGUCUUGCUGCAUCUGGCUGUGUAGUUGAUAUCUCUUGAUGCAAAUAUUGCACCUGUUACCCAUUUUGAGAAAAUUGAGGUAAACUGUUGGUGGAAUAAUUUCAGUUGUUCGUAGAAUCAUAAACUACUAAGAAUGUGCCCUGAAAACCAAAUAUUAUCACUCUAAACUUAAUUUUUGCUACUGAGACAAAGAGAAGGUUUCGCUUGUUUCUAUGAGAGAAAGUUGACAAAAGAGACUUGAUAAAUUGUCAAAUUGACAUGACGGUGUGACUGUGUAAAGUCACUAUUUUAAAGUGGUAUAUUGGUAGUAAUGCUGUUUUAAAGUGGUGUAAAUCUGGUGUAUGAGUUUAGCAGCCAAAAAA